AUGGGAGAGGAUAUAAAGAUGAACGCUGGGCUUGGGGAUUUCGAUGCUAUCCCACCGAUAACAUCGUUCAUUCUUCGGUCGUUGGCUGCGACAUUCCAGUUGGAAUUGGAACUCGUCCAGGAAUUCCUCCUCUCAACUAUCCAGCAAUAUCUUCUACUCUGCACAAUGAUGAUCCCUUCGGUCUGGGUGGUGGCAUUUGCUCUUCAACCGCUGCUAAGCACCGCAGCACCUGCGCCAUCACCGCCAGGUAUUCCCUCCUCGUCGACUGCGAAGAGCGAGUUAGCUGGCUUGACUGUUGCCGCCCAGGGAUCACAGGAUGGUUAUGAUCGCGACCUGUUCCCUCACUGGAUUACUAAGAAUGGCUGCACAACACGCGAGAGUGUACUCAAGCGGGAUGGCUCGAACGUGGUCACCAGCUCUAGCUGUGCUGCUACUAGUGGAUCGUGGUACUCGCCAUAUGACGGCGCAACUUGGACCUCGGCGAGCGAUGUCGAUAUCGACCAUCUCGUGCCCCUUUCAAAUGCGUGGAAGUCGGGUGCCUCUAGCUGGACCACAGCUGAUCGCAGAGCCUUUGCAAAUGACUUGGAUAAUCCCCAGCUUCUGGCGGUCACUGAUAGCGUCAAUUCCCAGAAGAGUGAUGAUGGACCGGAAGUCUGGAAGCCCUCACUCACUUCCUAUCACUGCACGUAUGCUGAGAUGUGGGUGAAAGUGAAAUCAGUUUAUAAGCUCACCAUCACUUCGGCUGAAAAGGUUGCACUCACGGAUAUGCUCAACACAUGCUGA